CGCCCCCACCUGGCCGAUCCAAGAUGGCGGCGGCGCUGGGGGCGCUGCUGGCGCUGCUCGGUGUGCCUCUCCAGGUGUGCUCCCUGCAGGUGUCGGUGCCCGAGCCCCGCACGGUGGCGCUGCUCUUCCAGCCGGUUCUGCUGCGCUGCGACUUCCAGGUGAGCUCACCUGGCCCCGCCCCCAUCGUCACCUGGAAGUACAAAUCCUUCUGCCCCGACACCUGGGCCUCACCUGGCGGCACCUGGGACUCACCUGGCGAGGCGGCGGGGGCGUGUCCCGACUCCGCCCGCACCGUGCGCAUCGUGGCCACCAAGCAGGGCGAGCAGGUGACCCUGGGAGACUUCUACCUGGGCAGGGCCGUCACCAUCCGCGGAGGUGCGGAGCUGAGCCUGGGCCCCGCGGCCUGGGGCGACAGCGGCCUCUACCUGUGCACGGUGACCUCGACCAGCGACCUGCAGGGCAACAACGAGGGCGUGGCCGAACUGGUGGUGCUGGGGUCUCUUCCCGAGGGCUCCCGGCUGCUGCCCGAGGGGACCCUGCCAGAUUGGCUGUUCGUGGUGCUGGUGGCGCUGGGGGCGGGGCUGGUGGCGCUGGGGGCGGGGCUGUGCUGGUGCCAGUGCUGCCCCCACACCUGCUGCUGUUACCUGCGCUGCCCCUGCUGCCCCCGCACCUGCUGCUGCCCCGAGGCCCUUUACCUGGCCGGGAAAGCGGCGACGUCGGGCGGAGCCUUCGGCCCCUCCCCCCACCCAGCGCUGCCCCUGCAGCUCCUCGGGAGCAGCCAGAGCUCGCAGGUGCCGCUGCUGAGGGACAGCGAGAGCGCAGCCCCCUCAGGACCCCCCCCCCAGCGUCCUGCGCUACCUGGAGGAGCAGCUGCACACCUGGGGAGGGGGCGGGGCCAGGGAGUGGCCGCCAGAACGACGCCCUGAGCCGCGAGAGCCUCGUGGUGUGACCGGGACCCCCCCAAAAUCCCCCAAAUUUCCCCAAAAUCCCCCAAAUUUCCAGAAAUUUCCAGAAAUCCCAGAAUUUCCCCCCAAUCCCGCCCCUCCCCCGCUCAUUUUUGGGUCAUUUUGGGCCUUUUUUGGUGCCUUAAAUUCCGUUUUUUUAAUCAAAGAUUGGGGGAGGGGCUCUCUCCCCUCCCCCCCUCCCCUUUCCCCUCCCCCCACCCCGAGAUUUGGGGCCAAAUAAACGAUUUUACAGAAA